CGUGCACGUCGACCCCAGGUCAAGAUGUCUAAGGAAGUACGUCAGCAGUUAAUGCAAUGCAGGCACACCAAGCGCCUUGACGAAGAACAAGAAAUUCAAGCCAUUCUCAACUACAUUAAUGUGAAGGCCACUGAAUUGGCCUCGAAGUUCAAACAGCCACACCAUCAGUAUCUUGAAUGCUUUUCACUUGGCUUGACGAUUCACCAGUGCAAACACCACAAGACGAGUGCAUGGCACACCUUUAUGCACUUCAAAGGUCUAAAGAGUAAUGAAGGCAAGGGCUUCAAUGAGAAGUCGAAUGUUGCAGACUUAGUCCAGCACACUGCAGAAUACCAUGACCUCACAGAUGCAGAUAAGGCAAAGCUUGUAGCCGAGUUUAACACCAUCAAAAAAGGAGCUAGUAGCCAUCCUCCAAACAUAACCGCUCGGAUGUGUGCGGCUGAAUGUGGUUGUAGUUUUCAGUACGUCAAAGAAGAGCUCGAGGCUCUCAAACUGCGUGUCGGUAUUGAAGCGAUGGUCUUCAUGGUCCGAGGCAUUUCAGAUUUUACCAUGGCGCCCAAAGCAUUUUUUACAAGUCCUGCAGCCAAGCAAUUUGUUCGCUUGUACUUGCGCAAGGACAUUGCUCAGUUGGCUACUGACUUUGAAAGUACAAUACUUGCCAGCACAUCCACCAAUCACCAUGAUCGUGUGGCUAAGGCUAAAACAGCUAUCAGAAUGGGUCUUCGUGCCUUGCUAUGCGAGGUAACUAAUGACCUCUCCAUGACAAUGGAGUUCACACAGUAUCACAACCUUGUCCGCUGUCAUCAGGUCAAGCUCAUUGGUUGGACUCACCCACAGUGGGCAAAUCCAUCAGAUUUAAAGGGCGGCAUAGAGGGCCUUGAGAAUCUUGUGAGUGCCAUUGAGAGUGGCACAUGCCGUUUUGUUCCGAUCUCAAGUGAAGAGCUUGAAGAUCGUUUACGACGCGUGAAGAAUGGAGAGAAGCUCACCCCCGAGGUUGAGCCCCCCAUGCCCAUUGAACCACCCUGCAACUCAUUGCCUGACGUAGUCCAACUGUCUGCUGAAACUGACUCAACCCUAUCUUCGCCCUUAACUGCAGAGUCUACCCCCAUCAAUCAUUCACUUGCGCAUUCCCCAACUUCA